AUGUUCCAAAAUAAAACGGACAUAUUACUCUUCUUGUUAUGUAUCGGCAUUUUGAUCUUCGCCGAGAAAAUCACUGACCAUAAUCACGCGUACAACUGGAGCAGUAUCACAAAAAUAAAUCCCCGUGAUGGGAUAUUAUCUUAUCUAAUCAAUUACAUGUGCAUCAUCGACGCAGUAAAAUUAAGCAUCUUCACGUGCCGAAUUCUUGAUACUUGAAAUCGAAAUUACUUCCUCUCAGAAAACUUCUCUUGUGGGAAAUAUUAUUUUACAUAGUCUGUGCAGGUGGUAGUGAUAUAGAUAGGCGUAGAUAUGGGUGGGAUAAUAUAUUUAGAAAAUCUAGAAUAGUAAAAGAGCGUGGGGUGAGAAUCUUGCAGUUAGCUAUAUUGAUAGAAAUAAAUUAGUUAUAUUUUUGAGAGCAAAGAAAAACUUGAUGCUGGGACUCGCACUAAAUGGCCUAGGAUCCGCGUAC